AUGGCGAGCGAGACUGAGUACGUGACGUUGGUGUCUUCAGACGACUACUCGUUCGUGGUCCUGCGCUCUUCCGCCAUCAAAAGCCCCGCGAUCAAAAGGAUGUUGGAUCCAGCGUAUGGCUUUGCAGAGUCGAAGACCAACACCUGCCAUUUCGAGAACAUCAACGGCUUGGUCCUGGAGAAAGUGUGCGAAUACUUCUACUACUAUCAGAAGCACAAAGAUUCGAAAGACGUGGCAGACAUGGAUUUCCCGAUCGAGCUCAGUCUGGAGCUGGUCAUGGCUGCUGAUUACUUGGACAGUACGGUCCCCUUCGAAGAGAACUCAAAACGACGACAGGACAUGCUAAUCUGA